ACCAGUCCACGGAAGGGGUAGGGAAUUAUAAACGAUCCCUCAACGCGUCCUCUGGGACAAGGCUUUUGGUUGGUUGCGAGCAGUGUCUGUUUUGAUGAUGUCAGCAGGGGGAAAAAAUACCAGUGGAGAUUAGCGUGGAUUCUUCUGCUUCUAGGAGCUGCUGCAGCUUCGGUUCCUGCAAUGCUUAUGUGGCAUUUCUGAGGAAAUCAUGAAAUUCGUGUUACUUGCAGCUGUUGUUUGGUGUAUUGUAAUACCACCAUCAGAGACCAGCAAGAGCUUUGAGGACAUCCGCUGCAAGUGUGUCUGCCCCCCAUAUAGGAAUAUCAGUGGACAGAUUUACAAGAAGAAUGUGUCACAGAAGGACUGCAACUGCCUGCAUGUGGUGGAGCCGAUGCCUGUGCCGGGGAACGAUGUCGAGGCAUAUUGCCUGCUGUGUGAGUGCAAGUAUGAAGAGCGAAGCACCACCACCAUCAAGGUCAUCAUCAUCAUUUACCUCUCAGUGAUUGGAGCCCUUCUGCUCUACAUGGUCUUUCUGAUGGUGGUCGACCCCCUCAUCCGCAAGCCUGAUGCCUACACCCAGCCCCUGCACAAUGAAGAGGAAAGCGAGGACGCCCAUUCACUGGCAGCAAUACGCCCUUCGGCCGCCACCCGGGCAAACACAGUGUUGGAGAGAGUGGAGGGAGCCCAGCAACGGUGGAAGCGUCAGGUGCAGGAGCAGCGGAAGACGGUGUUUGACCGACACAAGAUGCUCAGCUAGAUCUCAUGGAAGGUUUGCAGUCUGGGAGAGAGCAGCAGCUGCUGGUUAGCUGGGCAGGUAAUUUCUGUUAGCCAGUGCAAACCCCAAGACCUGUAGCUUAAAACUUCUUGCACUUGCCCUUUCUAGUUUGUUUUGCUUGUUUUCCCCCCUUAGAAAGCAAGCUCAGUUGAAAGAAGCCACUGGCUGUGCAUCCCAAUCUUAUUCUAGCCCAUAAGGUGGAAGCCCUUUGUCUUCCCCAUCAUCUGAAACAGGUGUGAACUUGUGACCCCCAAGAUGCUGCUUGGCUCCGUCUCCCAUCAUCCUUGGGCAUUGGCCAUGUUGGUUGGAGCUGAUGGGAGUUGGAGUCCAGUGAUAUCUGGACAGCCACAGACAGGUUCCCAACCCUUGGUCUCAAACUAUAUUUCACUCACCAAGCAGUGAGUGUUGCCCCUUAAUUUAAAUGCGAGCUGUGGGAAGUCCAAAAAACAACCACCUUUAGCUUCUUUGUAUCUUUCCAGAAGCUAAAAAUAGCAGCAAAUUGUGCUGUGUCUUGUAAUCUGCCAGGCGAACGCCUAGUUUAACUGUGAAGAACGGGGCAUUAUUUUGUUGCUGAACUUUCAUUAUUGCAAAAGAAGAAGAAGCUGACAGUGAAGUAUUCUAAUCUUUCAAAGAGAAGGCUCUGGCUCUGAUCAUUACAAGAUAUCAUAAAUGAAAUGCAUUUAGAUAUUACAUCAUGAACUCUCAGAAGCACUUCCUUUGGAGACUUUAAGACUGCUUAACUUUGCACCAAACAAGUAAUAAAAGUUUUGUUAUGUCAACAGUAACAAACUUUGUUUAAAAUAGGGUUUGUUACAAUAAACCAUUGUUAAAGAUGACCCAAGUUCCUGGUCUGGAAGUCAAAAGAAACUGUGGUUAAUCUAAGCCAGGAAGGAGAUGCUUGUAAUCUCUUCAUUUGAUCCAGAGGUACAAGAUGCAGAUAACUUGCAAUUUACGUGCAUUUAACUUGUGCACGUUCAGCUUUAUGCACUUGGCAAAUUUUGAAUUUAAAAAAUAAAAAGGGGGCACACAUUUGGGGGCGGGGGGGGGCGGGGAGACUUUGGCAAUGCCACCUGCCAUUGCAGCCAAUGUGUUUUGACUAUACACAAUUUUGGCUUUAUGUGCUAUUCCCAAAACUCCUGCGUAAGUUGAGAGUUGUCUGUAUUGCUUGUUGGAGUAGGUCUAAGAUUUUAAACUGGGUUCCAUGGAAGCAUGAGUGGGGAGAAUAAAUACUUGCUCACACAUUUCUAGUUGCAAGCACAGAGUUUUCCACACGUUAAUGAGCUUGAUUUGAUGUAUACCCUCCAAGAAUUGUGCAUCUGCAUACAAAAUGGACCCUGCUUUUAUUUAUCUGUUUAUUUAUUUUAUACUGUGAUGAAAAAGUCCCCUUCAGGUAGUUCAAAAAUAUAACAAUCUUCAUAAUAAAACAAUACCUUUGCAUUUGCUUUCAUGUGUGUCUUGCGCAAGGAGAAUUGUCAUUCGGCUUGUGGGAAUCUGUUUCAGUACAAAGAAACUGGACUCUCGAUCCCAGUGCGAAAUGUUGCUUAUAAAAAUAUUGGGUGUCAAGUUUUACUCUGAGUACACCCACUGAAAUUAAUAGGCCUGCCUUAGUCAUGUCCAUUAAUUUCAUUGGGUCUACUCUAAGUAAGAUUUAGUUGAAUACUACCCUUUGGAUUUCAAUUUGGCUUUACAAGGUGCCAAUUCAAAUAUGGGCAGUUGUUCAUAGUGACGUUCCAGUACUCAGUGCUCAGUUUUGUUUUACUUGGUCCACAGUUGACAGCCUAGCUAUGUGCAAUAUGGCUGCUGCAUAUGUAAUAUCACAUAUACCAGCCUUCCCCAAAUUGGUGGUCUCCCAUUGUUUUGGACUUCAGUUCACAUGAGCUGGUAGUACAAGUGUCUGGAGGCUGUAGGAGACUGAGAUACGCUUCCGUUUUCAUGGUACCCACAGCAGGUUGUCCUGUCAGCAUGGUACCACUGGUGAAGGGGGCGUAGUUUAAACCUAGUGCAUUCCUGUAAUGUCAUGUAGUAAUAAUGGUUUCUCCAGUGAAAAAGCCAACAGCAAAAGGUGUUUAAGGAUGACCUUUUUCCUGCUGCAUGAAAGAGAUGUUUAUGUAUUAAAUGACCUGUUCUGUUCAUUCCCCUUAAGGAAUCUCUGGCAGAUUGGGAUAUCCUUGUUACUAUGCAGCAUCUUUUCAUUAAACAAAGAAACUGGUGUGUAA